UGUGCGUCACCGCGUGUGUGACGACAAUGCUACACACCCACACGCCGCGCUGCCUCAGGGUCGCGAGAGGACCGGCACGCUGCCCCGGUCCUCCUCCUCCUGAGGGGGUGGAUGGUGUGGGCCAACGCAGCCCGCGGCGAUGGGAGAAUCUGCGCGGCCACGACCUAGCGCCGGAAUGCCGGGCUGGCCGCGGGGCUGGGCGGGCCGGCCAUCACGCAGGGCAAUGCUGCGGGGCCAUCGAGGUAAUCAUACAAUAGAAGCAGAAGAUCCAAUUCACCUGCAAACAGCACUGGAAAUUCUUCAACAACAGCUGGAAUCAUUUCAGACAUUUCAGAAACAGACUCUGGAGAAUGCAAACAUGGUACAGUUUGAAAUCAGUGACAUAGUAAAUCAAAAUAUAUUUGAAAUGAAAACUCCAGUACAUAUUUCAGCCAAGAUUAUGACGACUGCACACAUCUCUUGCACAGCAACUAAUGCAUCUCUGCCUAUGGAAUAUCCUGAAUUGCUACCUUCUAAAAGAAAAGUUCACCAUGACCAACAAUCCUUUUCUGAGGAGUAUGUGGAAGCACGUUGCAAUACUGGAAAUGUGGUCAGUGAUAUAAAAAAUUCACAUAAGAUUUCUGUGAAAACUGAAAAGGUUGAAAAUUCAGAAAAUCUAAUUGGAAACAAAAGGAUACUUACAAUAAACAAUGAGUUUACAUGUGGACAUCUGGUAUCUGGCACUGAUUUGGAGACAGAAAGGUUGGAUGCUGCCCAGGAGAAGGUAAUUUUUAGUAAAUCUAAACUUCCUAUACAUUUACCUGAAUACAGGAAAGAAUUCUGUAAAAUAAAUGAUAACAAUUAUCCUACCAAGUUGCUGAAACAAGAAUUUUGGAAGUCGGUCAGUAUUAAUUCAGAUUUGUUAGCCCAAAAUACAGAAAAAUCUGUAUACAGAGCAAAAUUAAAUAACUUAAAAGAAGUUGCAAAAAUUGUGACCACUUCAGAUAAAUCACAUAUUGCUUCAGUUCCACUUAAUGAAAAUUGCCUGCAUUUUGGUCAAGAAUUUUAUAAAGAUUCUGAAUGUGCCAGUGUAUGGGGCUCUCCUACAACAACAUGCAAUGAAAAAGCAGACUCUGAAAGCAGAAAUAUACUUGAAGAAUUUAAAAGUAGUUGCAAUGAAAGUAACAGAUGCCAGGUAAAUUUGUUUUCCAAAAUGGUGAAAAAUAAGCUACAAAUGCUUGAUCACAAACAGCAACUAGGAAAAGAACAACUGGCUUUUUUUAACCAGACACUACUGAGGCGAGGAGAUCAGAAGUUCAGUGAAAACAAAUUAGCCCCUGAAUACGAUGGAGAAAUUGAAGCAUUGCAUAAGUCUCUGAAAAAUUCUGAGCAUGUGCAAAAAAGAGUACAUUAUCUUCAGAAUGAAAACCUAACUCUCAGGAACAAUGUCAAAUCUCUUGCUGAUACCAUACAGUCUUUGAAAGAAAAAAUAUCAAAAUACAAUAUGAAAAUUAAGGACUUAGCUAAAGAAAAGAGAAGUAUGCAAAUUCAGUUGGUUAAAUUACCUGAAGGCAAUGAGGAAUGUGUUAAGGAAGUAAAGAACCUGUUAAGAAAAUGUAAAGAACUCCAGAACCAGAAAAUAAUCCUUGAGAAGGAAAAGAAUCAACACCACAAUGGAAACAAAGACACAAUACAGGCACUACAUGAUUUUCAAAUUAGGAACAAGAAAUCGGAAGAAAAGAUGACUGCUGGUAGUUGUGAAAAAGGGAGGCUCAAUGUGACUCUAGAGUCCUUGAAACACAAGUGCUCCAAUUCACAAGAAACAAAUAAAAAACUUGAUAUAAAAAUACGUCAGUUUACAGAAGAAAAGAGCUCCCUAGAGCAAGAGUUUGAAGGAAAUCAGAGUGAAAUACAACAAAUGAAAGAAAAAGAAACUGCACCAAAAUCUGAACUGGAGACUCCUCUUCAAUUAAUGCAAACGCUUCCAGAGGAAAAGCUUAACCUUGAAAUGACUCUGCAAGAAUGUUCUAAUACUAAACAGAUGCUGCUGAAGGACAUCAACAAAGUCCAGUCAGAUAAAGUGUAUACAGAAAAGAAACUCAUGACUGAACUCAGAAACACAAAAGCAGAUAUCGAUCUUUUAAAAUAUAACUUGACCACUGCAAACACAGAAUACAAGAGGUUAUCAAAAGUAAUAACAGACAUCGCAGAGGAAAAUCAGCUACUUAAGAAAGAAUUGAAUGAAUAUAGACAAUAUGCUUCCAAAUAUGAAAAUGACAUUAGAAAACUGACUGAAGAAUGCUUACUAUUAGAAAAUCACCUGCAGACUAUUGAAAAUGAGAGAGAUGUAUUACAGCUUGAAUUCCGCCGUUUGCAUAAGAAUUUUGUUUAUCUCCAAGGCCAAGCUACAUCUUUAGCAUGGGCACAGAAGAAACCCUAUUCCAGUUCUGGCAUCAUGGAAAAUAACUGUUAUUCUGAACAUUCCACUAGAACUUGUAAAGAAAUUCCUGAUUUGGAGUACCUUUCACAAGGGAAUGAAAAGAUAACUAAAAUACGGAAGAAAAUACAAGAGGAAGAACUGAAGAGGUGGAAGGAAAAGUAAGGAAAGAAAAACUUCAGAGCAGUCUUCAUCUGUACUGCAUCCGAACAGCAGUUAGAAGGAAGUACAGUGCAGUCCAAUCUAUCUAGGAAGGCUGAAUCUGCAGAGUUCGCAAGUGAACAGCAUGGCAUAUUGUCCUGAUGACCUGUACAAAGAAGACACCUAAAGCUAGCACCAAAACCAUUAUCUAAUACAAUGUGUUAAAAAAAAAAAAAAA